CAGCCGGCAGAGCGCGCAGCGCAGGGCGCACGGAGCUCACUGUCAGCUACCCACCGCCACACUCCGCCACACUCCCUGAGCCUCGGCAGCCGUGGAGCCUGCCAGCCCGAGCUGCCACCGCAGCCAUCAUCGCACCAGCCCCAGCCCGGCCCGGGCGGGAGCGCCCAGGGCGGGCGGGCAGCAGCUAACAGUGGCUGCUCAGACCCUGCUCACGCCUAUUCACCGGGCGCCCACCGCCGCCUCCGCUUGGGCACAGCUGCACGCCGUGCUGGAGGGCAGCUCAGAGUGAGAGGGGGUAAAGGAGAAAGCCGGCAAGAAAGGCGACAAAGCUACUCAACUGGAAAGUUCCCCGGACUCUGGUCACUGGGCAAAAUGGGAAAUGGCUCCGUCAAACCCAAACAGUCCAAGAUUCCAGAUGGCUGUGCUGGGAAAUUUUCUGGCACAAUUGAUACUCUACGGGUCAAAGUGAUAGAACUGGAAAGGGAGCUGAAGAAGAAGGAUGAAGAACUGCAGCAGAAAGAGUAUCAUAUCAGAGAGCUGCAGGAGAAACUCUCAAAGCAGACGAUCGCUCUUGCUGAAGUCACUGAGGAACUCCAAAACAAGUGCAUCCAGCUGAACAAGCUGCAAGAUGUAGUCAUUCAGGGAGGAAACUCACUUCUGUUUUCUCCCGUCAAAGUGCCUCUUCAGGUCAACCGGAGGACCUCGGGCCUGGUCUCUCUCCACAGCAGGAGAGGUGCCAAGGAAGGGGUAUCUGCCGAACCAACCACCAGGACCUUUGCAGAAUUUUCGUUUGAGAAAGCAAGAGUCAGGAAGGAUUCGAGUGACAAGAAGCUCAUCACAGAUGCUCUGAAUAAAAACCAGUUUUUGAAGAGACUAGACCCUCCACAGAUCAAAGAUAUGGUGGAAUGUAUGUAUGGAAGAAACUACCCACAAGGCAGUUAUAUUAUUAAGCAAGGAGAACCAGGAAAUCAUAUUUUUGUAUUAGCAGAGGGAAGAGUAGAAGUAUUCCAAGGGAACAAACUUCUGUCAUCGAUCCCUAUGUGGACAACAUUUGGCGAGCUAGCCAUUUUAUACAACUGUACAAGGACAGCUUCAGUGAAAGCUAUCUCCAAUGUGAAGACAUGGGCACUAGAUAGAGAAGUAUUCCAGAAUAUUAUGAGAAGAACAGCUCAAGCUAGAGAUGAACAGUACAGACAGUUCCUUAGGAGUGUGGGUUUGCUGAAGAAUUUACCUGAAGACAAACUAACCAAGAUCAUUGACUGCUUGGAAGUGGAAUAUUAUGACAAAGGAGAUUACAUCAUCAGAGAGGGGGAGGAAGGGAGCACCUUUUUCAUUUUAGCGAAAGGAGUGGUGAAAGUCACUCAGAGUACAGAAGGCAAUGAUCAACCUCAGCUGAUUAAAACGCUGCAAAAGGGUGAUUACUUUGGAGAAAAAGCUCUCAUCAGUGAUGACGUCAGGUCAGCUAACAUCAUUGCAGAAGAAAAUGAUGUGGCAUGCUUGGUUAUUGAUCGAGAAACAUUCAAUCAAACAGUCGGGACCUUUGAAGAACUACAGAAGUAUCUUGAGGGAUAUGUAGCCAACCUGAACCGCGAUGAUGAAAAAAGGCAUGCCAAGAGAUCCAUGUCUGGCUGGAGGCAGACCAAAGCUCUGUCUCUAGAGAUGAUUCAGCUGAAGGAGAAGGUGGCCAAAUUUUCCUCCUCGUCCCCAUUCCAGAACCUCGAGAUUGUCACCACACUGGGCGUCGGUGGGUUCGGAAGAGUUGAACUUGUUAAAGUGAAAAAUGAGAAUGUGGCAUUCGCUAUGAAGUGUAUAAGGAAGAAGCACAUUGUUGAUACUAAACAACAGGAGCAUAUCUAUUCAGAAAAGAAGAUUCUGGAAGAGCUAUGCUCUCCAUUUAUUGUAAAAUUUUAUCGCACUUUCAAGGACAGAAAGUAUGUCUACAUGCUCUUGGAAGCUUGUUUAGGUGGAGAACUAUGGAGUAUCCUAAGAGACAGGGGCAGCUUUGAUGAAUCCACUUCUAAGUUCUGUGUUGCCUGUGUGACGGAAGCAUUUGAUUAUUUGCAUCGCCUGGGUAUUAUCUACAGGGAUUUAAAGCCAGAGAAUUUAAUUCUAGAUGCUGAGGGAUACCUUAAACUGGUGGAUUUUGGCUUUGCUAAGAAGAUCGGAUCUGGACAGAAAACAUGGACAUUCUGCGGGACCCCGGAGUAUGUUGCUCCUGAAGUCAUUCUCAACAAAGGGCAUGACUUCAGUGUAGACUUUUGGUCACUAGGAAUUCUAGUCUAUGAGCUACUGACUGGCAACCCUCCAUUUUCUGGGAUUGAUCAGAUGGUGACUUAUAAUUUGAUUCUCAAAGGAAUCGAGAAAAUAGAUUUUCCCAAGAAGGUAACACGACGUCCUGAAGAUUUGAUUCGCCGACUUUGCAGGCAAAACCCCACAGAAAGGCUGGGAAACUUGAAGAAUGGAAUCAAUGACAUUAAGAGGCACAGGUGGCUGAAUGGCUUUAACUGGGAGGGACUGAAGGCAAGGAGCCUGUCAUCACCCUUGAAAAGAGAGCUCGAUGGACCUAUAGAUCACAGCUACUUUGACAGCUAUCCCCCUGAGAAGGGAAUACCCCCAGACGAAAUGUCCGGUUGGGAUAAGGACUUCUGAAGGAAGUGAAGAGUUUUCUGCUUCUCCCACACCACAGAAGAGGCACAGAAGGAAGCAGCAGUCACCCACCCUGAUGCCCUCCAGCACUAUGAAGCCAUUUCAUGUUGAUGUAUUUUGUCAAGCCUGGAAGCAAAAGAGGAAUCCUCUCCCAUGGGUUCAGGGUUUGUUGGGAUGGGGGGUUGAAUUCCAUUAUCUAAACUAGAAGCUGCUAUCCAUGGUAUCGAUCAACAAUAUGCUUCAUUUUUCUCAAAUGUUGAAGGUUACCCCAAAACAUGCAUGGGGAAGAAGCACAGUUUCUUCUGCCUUCUACUUGCCUUCCCAUAGUCCUUUCCUAAGAUUUCUUCAAAAGUAAAACAUGUUUGAGAGGCAGCUAAGACAUCUUGUAGGGGGAGGAAACAAGGAAAAAGAGGAAACAGCUCUGCCAUCUCGUCACCCCACAGCCAUCCCUGCACCUCUUUAGAAAUGACUCUCAUAGAGCUCUUGGGAACUAUUGUUUGGCUAGGAGCAGAUAGAGAGAGGCCAGUAGCAUAAAAAUUCUGCUGGAAGCCUUCAGUCCCUAGAAUCUGAAAUGAUAAUUCCAACUAAUUACAUAUGUCAAACACAGAUGCUGGGAAACAUGAAUAUUUGAAGAUUGUGGACUUUUCUACUUUUAGUGAAAUACCACUUGUGCCAGCUUCAGCAUAAUGUAGUUAUAAAAGUGAGACAGUGGAAAGAGUGAUGACUUUUGAAUAUAAGGACCUGGGUUCAAAUCCUCUAUUUUUUACUUACCACCCAUGUGACCUCGGGCAAGUCACCUAUUUUCUCUUAACCUCACUUUUUUCAUCCAUAAUGAAUAAUGACCAGAUGGUCAUUUAAGUUACAGUUCUAAAUGUAUGACAUGAUAUAACAUGAGCCCCUGAAGGAGAAGAUGCUUCUAUUAUUCUGGGGUUAGCCCUGAUCCUUUCAUGAUAACAAUCCUUAUUGGAAACAAACAAAAAAAUUGCUUAAAAAGGGAGUUGCAAUGUAUAGGGAAGCAACACCUUCCCUUGGACAAUGGGGAAAUACUACAUCUUAUUAUUAUUUCUCCCUCUGCUUUAUGUCCUUCAAUCUAUUUCUUCUCUUACCUAAAGUAAAAAGCACAUGGAAACAAAACAGAAAAGGCAUUUAUUCAUCAUUUCAAAAAAACAAAACAAAUAAAUUUCACUCGCUCAAGAAACUGACUCUGGAGCUUUGAAAUAUUUUAGUCAUGUCUAUGGAUGUCCUCAUUAGAAAAUAAAAGGAAAAGAUUAUCACUAUAAUUAAUUUGAAAGGACAACCAAUUAUGCAAAUGUUGAUUAUUACAAUCACUAAUGAAUCAAUAAUUCUUUAUAAAGACUUUUGAGGGAUGAAUGUAUUUUUUCUUAUUGCUUUAAAAUAUGGAAAUAAAACAGGAGCUUGGUAAAAUAAUAGAAUUUUAAGUAAAUGAGUCAACAAGGAUUCCAUUCCCUUCCCCCUACCCAACGAAAGGUCAGUGGGAUCGUAGAUAUCAUUGAAGACCAAUAUUAGAACCACAUAAAUUCAUGUUCGUGAAUUCCAUUCAAUGCCCAUCAGUGGGGAGAACCAUAAGUGAGAAUGGAGAUGCAUCUUUCCCACUUUGGUAACACUACUUAGUCUUACUUUGCACUGUGAAAUGACCUUUAGGCUCACUCCUGCAGUGAUGUUACAUGUUCACAGAGUUGUUCCAAGUGCCAAUUCCAGAGUAAAGAAGAUCAGCUGUAUUCUUCUAUCCCUUCCCCUGGCAAUAGUCAGCUGACGCAAGAGAGUCCCAGUUCAGGCCUGCUUAACUAGAAUACUAACAAGAUGAGUUUUCCCAUUUGGGAUGAUUUUGCUAAACCAAAGAAAACAUUUUGCUUAUGGAAUUCAUUUUAUAAAAUUGUGUACUGUACAUAGUAGUACCAUUUUUAAUAGGAUGGAGAUAUCGAAGAACUUCUAAGGUCUUUUAAAAUGCUUUUCUUUUCCCACUUGGUUUGUAUAUACUGUAAUUUUCUUGUAUGUAAAUAUAUAUGUAUGUAUACAUAUAUUUAAAUUACAUAUUUAAAUUGAGAAGCUACAAAUAGUCAAUGUAUUAAAUGUAUCUUUACAGUCCUAAUAGCUACAUUUUCCUUAUAGAAUUUUCAU